GCUCAAUUUUCCCGCCAUUUAUUCAUUCCCAUUCUCUGCGAGUCUCAUCGAAACCCUAGAUCGCCAUGGAAGGGGAAAUCAAAGCAGCGUUCAAGAAGAUCGGGUUCACUCUCGACGACGAAGAAGAAAUUCUGAAGAAAUGUCUCACUUUCUGUAUACAGUACAAACUCAGUCCUUCAGACCUUGUUUCGAGCUGGGAUGCUUACUCUUUCAACAGGCAGCUAGAACUACUGGUGCAAGAUGCUCAUAUGGAUGCGUUCCUGUUGCAACUACAAAACGAGCAGAAAGAAGCAAUUAUUAAAAAAGAGCCCGGUUUGCAUUUGUACUCUAACGAUGUCGCCAUGAUAUUGAGUGAUGAACAUGAAGAUACAAAAGAAGGUAUUAUUGGAACUCCAACAGACAAAUUUAAAAUGCUACAUGAAGAGCCAUUUGAUUCAACACACAAAACAAAUGGGAACACCUUUCCUUCUGGGAAACCUCUAGAAUCAGUGACACCUUUUGGGCAACGAAAGAACAAGUUUGUGGUGCAGUCUACUCUCAAUGGCCUACCCAGUAUAGAUGACACAAAAAAAUAUCAUGAUCAUGAGAACUCCGAGGAUGACAUCAUAAAAAGGGUGCAACCCAGCACAAGGUGUUCCUUGGUAAUCAACGGUUCCAAGCCUGAACCAGGUUGCAGGUUUAUGUAUGAUAGAAUUGAAGACAAGCUCAAUUUCCUUGAAAAUCGCAUCAGAAAGCAUGCAACUGCACUUGUUGCUUCUGGGCUUUAUGAGGAACCAAUCGACCCUACUGUUGCUUCACAGAAAAGUGUAUUUGCUGUUGGCAUGAUUUGUUGUGAUGAGGAAGGUCGUCUGAAGGAGAAGCCUAUAUUGCUACAAAGCAGUGUUGAGCAUUCUGGAGGGCAACGCGUGCGUCUUGACUUACAAAAAUUGAACGAAUUUUCCGUUUUUCCUGGCCAGGUGGUAGGUAUUGAAGGGCACAAUCCUAGUGGACAUUGUCUGAUUGCAUCAAAAAUUAUUGAUUGUAUUCCUUUGUCAGUUUCUGCUGAUGAGAAUUCUCAUCCUGCAAAGAAACAAGCUGUAGAUCAAGAAUUUCAGUUAACUGAUUCUCAUAUGCUGGGAGAGCUAUCAUUGAUUGUUGCAGCAGGUCCUUUUACCACUACUGACAACUUAUUCUUUGAGCCCCUAACUGAACUACUAGCAUAUGCACGCAGAAAGCAGCCCCAAUUGCUUAUUUUGCUGGGACCUUUUAUUGAUUCUGAACAUCCAGAGAUUAGAAGGGGUACUGUAAACAGGACCUUUGAUGAAAUAUUUCAUGUCGAAAUUCUUGGAAGGCUUCAAGAUUAUGUUGAAUAUAUGGGUUCUACUGCACGUGUGAUUCUUGUACCAUCUAUACGGGAUGCUAGCCACGACUUUGUUUUCCCUCAGCCUGCUUUUGACAUUCAUCCACCUGAUAUUAAGCAUCAGAUAACCAGCCUCACUAAUCCAGGGACUUUCAGUGCAAAUGAGGUCAAGAUAGGUUGCAGCACAGUGGAUUUUCUCAAACAACUUAGUGGAGAGGAGAUCUCGCGAAAUCCACCGGGGGGAUCCAAGCACCGUUUGAGUAGACUUGCAAACCAUAUUCUCAGCCAACGCAGCUUUUAUCCUAUAUAUCCACCAAUCGAAGGCACUCCAGUAGAUUUUUCACUUGCUCCAGAAGCUCUUCAGAUAUCUUCUAUUCCAGAUAUCCUCAUCCUACCUUCGGAUUUAGCUCAUUUUGUGAGGGUGCUGUCACUUGGGGAAAGUAGCGAAGGAGAAGAGCAAGUGAAGUGCAUUUGUGUGAAUCCGGGAAGACUGGCCAGGGGCGAAGGAGGGGGUUUCUUUGUGGAGCUCGACUACCAUGGGAGUCUCGACUCAACAAGUGCUUCAGUCAUCAGCAUAUAGAACAGAACCUGGAACAAUAUGAAUGAACCAAACUCUUCUUGUGUCUGAGAUAUGAAGGCAUCAACUGUUUAAUGGGAAUCAGUUAUACAGGCUACAAGAGAUCAUAUCUAUUUGUCUGAAAGCAAACUUCGAAACAAGGACAGAGGGCAUUAACGUGCUAAUGGAGCAACGAAGCAAUAAGGAACAUUUAAGGGCCUUGGGACCCACUCUCUUCUUGUUAGUUUCAGCAUCGUGUGUUAGUCCAAUGUAUAAUUAGAAUUAUGCGUAAAUUCUUAUUAAAUUAUAUUUACAUUAUGAAAUCAGAA